UGGUUGUAAGAUAAUAUGACACUUUUUUUUUUAAAGGUGCCCACAGCGAGUGUGACGAUCGAGGGGGCGUGUGCUCUGAACCGUGUGAGAUGGGCGUCGGGAGGCAGAGAGGUUGCCGUGGGUGACUCGGAGGGGCGUGUCUGGAUCUACGAUGUGGGAGAGCUGGCAGUGCCACACCCUGAGGACUGGAGCCACUUCGCCCGCACCCUAGUUGAGAUCCGCGCCAACCGCGGGGAUGGAGAGGAGGAGGGGGCCGUGGAGCUGGCAGCCUGAAACCUUCUCACCCUCUCAUCAAUGGAUGCAACGUUUCAGGACUGACAGCCUGAUAACAGACAUUUACAGAUAACAAACCAUCAUUUACUGACGUAACAACAGCAGCAUGCAUGCUUUAGUGAGAUUCAAGUCAUUGUGAUUAGACUGACUCCAAGCUUAUGCUCCAUAGAUCAAAGUAAGAAACCCUGAUUUGCCCAUGGGAACAAUUCUUCUUACUAGGGUUAUUUAUUUGUUAUUGGUUCAUUAAACAGUUGAUAUGUAUAUACUUGAUAUCAAAAUCAUAUGGCUUGCAAUGAUAAUGUGCUUAUGGGUCUAACGUGGGUCUAAAUGUUGGAGUGAGCUAGAUAUGAUCCUUAUAUUAUACUCAUGAGGUUUAAUGAUCAGAUUCCUGUGAUCUGUUMAUUUUGUUCUUUCUUCAAGGUUAUAAAAGCUGCAUUAAUAACACGUUGGAUCAUUGUUUUCUCAAGAUAUCCAAGUUAACCUUUAAUACUGUUUUUAAGUAGCUUUGGGCUUUACAGUGCAUCAGCAUGAUAAUUAUUACAUUUUGGUUGCUGUUAAACAAUUUUGUUUUGUUUUAAGAAAUAUGUCUAAAAAUGUAUGGCUUUUUGCUGUAAGGACAACAAUUGACAAUAAAAUAAGGAUAACUU